AUGUCAACUUCAGUUAAUAUUCAGCUGGCGAAAAAUAAGCAGCAAGUCAUUGACAUAUCUCAAGCAAAUUGCAUUUUUGAUGUUAAAAAUGAGCUCUGCAAGAAAACUGGCAUGAAUACAGAGGAAUUUGAUUUGCUUUUCUGUGGAAAGCUCCUGCCAGUGGAAACGUCCUUGAAGGACUUGAAUCUCGGUCAAGGUAGUGUUCUUCACUUGUAUAGAGUUGGGUCUGCUGCACAGUCAGAGCCAUUGUUGUCAGUUAGGCAGAAUAGUAGUAGAUCGGCAGUAAACAAGAGAUACCAGUAUUACGUGUACUGUAAGACAUGCUGCGGAUUAUACCCGGGCAAAUUACGAGUUCGUUGUGUUAACUGCAUGGAGGGCUCAAUUUUACUAAACAAGGAACCAAGUAACUGGGAUGAUGUCCUUGUUGCAGGGAGAUUGAAUGGUCACUGUACCACCUGUGAUGAUACAACUAUUGCUCAAUUUUACUUUAAAUGUUGUGAACAUGAUGGGGAAGAAGAAUGUACACCAUUGAGAUAUGUCCGUCCCAACAGACAUUGUAUAGACUGUGUCACCUGUUCAAUAGAAUGUUCUCCUGUGAUGGUUUAUCCUUGUCCAGAUAAACAUGUGAUGUGUAUUGACUGUUUCAAAUCUUAUGCUCAAGUCUCACUAGAUCAGAGAUCUUUCGUAGAAGAUCCAAACAUUGGAUACUCCUUACAAUGUCCAGUUGGUUGUGAAGGUUCUCUGUUAAAAGAUAUUCACCACUUCAAAUUGCUAGGAAAGGAACAGUAUGAACGAUAUAAAGAUUUUGGUGCGGAAGAGUGCCUGUUACAAUCUGGAGGUAUACUUUGUCCGAACACUGGCUGUGGCGAGGGGAUUAUAGUCGAAGAUGAUGCAAGGAAUGUUCAGUGCAGAACAUGUCGGGUAUGUAACAAACAAUGGAAUGUGGACUCUGAGAGGGCUCUUAGGGCACGAUGGGAAGCUGCAUCCAUGGAAAAACCAUACAAGACACCACAAAACCUUGUCCUCACUGUGCU